ACCUGGGCUGCGGGCCCCUCCCUUGGCGGAGGCGCGCGGCGCGGAGGACCGCACGGAAAGGGGGAAGUCAGGUGGCCGCUGCCGCCGCCGCCGCCGCCGCGGUUUGUCGCCAGAAGGAAAAUGGCGGAUCUGGAGGAGCAGUUGUCUGAUGAGGAGAAGGUGCGUAUAGCAGCAAAAUUCAUUAUUCAUGCCCCUCCUGGAGAAUUUAAUGAGGUGUUUAAUGAUGUUCGGUUACUGCUUAAUAAUGAUAAUCUUCUCAGGGAAGGAGCAGCUCAUGCAUUUGCACAGUAUAAUUUGGACCAGUUUACUCCAGUAAAAAUUGAAGGUUAUGAAGAUCAGGUAUUGAUAACAGAACAUGGCGACUUGGGAAAUGGAAAGUUUUUGGAUCCCAAAAACAGAAUCUGUUUCAAAUUUGAUCACUUAAGAAAGGAAGCGACUGAUCCAAGACCAUAUGAAGCAGAAAAUGCAGUUGAAUCAUGGAGAACUUCAGUAGAAACUGCUCUGCGAGCUUAUGUAAAAGAACAUUAUCCAAAUGGGGUCUGCACUGUAUAUGGUAAAAAAAUAGAUGGACAGCAAACCAUUAUUGCAUGCAUAGAAAGCCAUCAGUUCCAAGCAAAAAACUUUUGGAAUGGUCGUUGGAGGUCAGAGUGGAAGUUUACAAUCACUCCUUCAACCACUCAGGUGGUUGGCAUCUUGAAAAUUCAGGUUCAUUAUUAUGAAGAUGGUAAUGUUCAGUUAGUGAGUCAUAAAGAUAUACAAGAUUCCCUAACAGUGUCUAAUGAGGUGCAGACAGCAAAAGAGUUUAUAAAGAUUGUAGAAGCUGCAGAAAAUGAAUACCAGACCGCCAUCAGUGAGAAUUAUCAGACAAUGUCGGACACUACUUUCAAAGCCUUACGUCGACAGUUGCCAGUUACACGCACUAAGAUCGAUUGGAACAAGAUCCUUAGCUACAAGAUUGGCAAAGAGAUGCAGAAUGCAUAAGAUGAACACUGCAUGACCGGAUCAUUUUAGUGUCUUUGCGUUUUAAAAAAAAUCAUUGCAAAAGUAUUCAGAACUGUCAGGCUACCCAGUCAGGUGGGCUGUUGCCAUUUAAAAUCACUGUAAUUAAUUAGUUUGGUUAGAGCACAAAGCUUAGCUAAUCAACCAUUAUUUUUUUCAUUUCUUUUGUUCACAGAGGAUUGAAAAUCAGUUAAGUUUAAAUGUCUUUUACUUUCUGUUAUACCUAUCUUUCUUACAAUUAAGAGAUGAUUCCUCUAGUUUAAUGUUAAAAGUUUUUGAAGUUUUCAAAAAUAUUUUACUUAUCGUAACCCUAAAAUUAUUGUCUUUUGGUUUAUGAAGUGGGUAACUUUUGAUAUUUGCCCAGUUCUUUUUAAUGGGGUCAAUAAUGGACAUUCUAGUUUAAGGUGGUUGAUGGAUUUAGCCAUAUAUGCUGCUAAAGAAAUUGUCUACCUUUUCCCCCUCACCUCUUCCAUCUAUGUAAGAUUGAGAUUAGAGGGAAAGCAUUUUCUAUAUCAAUUGUGUUUGAACCUUUCAAGAAGGUUAUUUAGCUAGCUUAGUGUUUAACUAAACUUUUUUUAAAUGAGGCCAAGGUCUAAUGCUGUUUUGAGAUUCUGAAAUUAAAUGAAAAUACUUAUUUCAGAAAUGCAUUUAAUGCUUCUUUUCUUGUGACAGUUACGCAAAUUAGCUUGAAUUCCAUAUGUCCCUGAGUUAUUUUUAUCAUAAAGCCACAAAUGUAUUAUAACAAGGCAAAUUGUAAUAUAUAUAAUCCUGAACUCAUGACCAUGUCUCAGUUUAUUUCUUUUCUUGGAUUGAAAAGUACUGAAAUUCAGUGUGACAUUAAAAUGAAAAUUUUCCUAUUUA